AUGAACGUCUUUUUGAGGUGGAUGUGCAUCGCGGAAGACGUGCGCAGAUGACGUCGCUGGGCGGCCUCCAUACAGUCGGCGUCUCCGCUGCCUCGUCUCUCUUCCACACUGUCUCUGCACACAAGUCGUCGUCAGUCGCUAGGUCUGCCUUCCGACAAAACAGUCCGCUUCGUCUGUUUCUGCGAUAUCGUCGAGAUGAAGGAGAAGCUGCUGGAGGAGGGCGGCAAGGGCGCCGUCGGAGGACGUUGGUCGCGCUUCGUCCGCGGGUUUCGUCGCGACUCCGCUCAGCUCUGGCAUGAUCUUUCCGACCCAAGUCGUCAGUUUUCUUCAUUUUCUCUUUUCCAAUCACUUUCCACAUUCUUUCUCAUCUUCCGGGCUCUGAUUUGCCUAUUUUCGUGAACUUUCGAUUUCAUUCGCUCGAGCCGGGGCAAAAAGUUAUUUUUCAAAAAAAGCAGUAUUAAAAAAAAGUCAAGAUAGAUUGCAAAAAGAAAAAGUUUAACAGUAUAUGAAAGAGUUAAUCAAUUACUUUUUUGAGUAAAAGCGUACAAUUGUCCGACUUGUGCCUUUCUUUCAUUCUUGUGCUCGUAUUUUUGUGCUUGGUUCGCAAAAAUGAAACUGUAAAAAACAAUCUGUUUUUCGUAACUUAUCAGAUCAAGCAAGUCGAUAGAUGGUCGAAAACUUGUCGACUAUCGUGAUAAUCAGUUAUUCGAGGGCCCGGCUAUUUUCGCGUUCCUUAACGCGAUCGAGUUCCCGAAAAAGCUUUUCUUUCGUAUGACCACAGUAUAUCUCUUGCCGUCAGACGCCGACCACAUUUUUCGCUUCACUAAUCGAUAAUCAGUCUGGGGAUUGGAUAAAAUUGCGAAAACGACCGGUUUGCAAUAAGUUGCGCAAGCACGGCGAAGAUUUUAGUCGAAGCCAGAAGGAAAAAAAGCUUUUCUUUUACAGAGAUGCGGUUUCCAUGGCCGACGAACACUCCUCUUGAAGUUCACGAACUGGUCGGCGCAGAGAGGUACCGAGAAAGGAAGGAAGCAAGAGUUGAUGAUCAACUGCAGGUUCGACUCGUCGUCCCACCGUUACCACAUGCCCUUCUUCUGGAUGACGAUGGCUGUUCCGGCCACCCCAGCUUGGUCAGUCAACAUGAUAACGAAAAAAAAAAGAGGAACUUUUAGAUCCCUCAAAAAUCUAAUCACUCUUCAAAUAUUCAUUUGUUUUUUGGUUCAUUUUGGCUUAGAUUUUUCAAGGUAUGAAUCGUUCAAACGAAGGUUUAUUCAACGCAAAAAAUACUUGAGAAGAUUUUUCAGAGGCAAGUCAUAUUAGAUUCUAGCUGAAGAUAAUGAAAGACAUCAAGAUUAGAAAAUUCCUCAAUACAACGCACUUGAAGAUUGCCAUUUUCCCUUAAGUCUACGCUAUGAUCCAUGAUAAAUUGAAGAAAGAUAGUUAUCACAAAGAAUUCUUCUACAUUUUUGAAUUGCCGUUCUUCAUACCCUCAAAAUGAACAUUUUAGGGGUUUGAUGGUGUGUAUGAUCGAAAUGGCAUUCGCUUUCGUCUGUUUCUUUUGCGUCAUCCUGCACUAUCUGCUUUUUCUGCCCAAAUGUGAGCAAUUCGGUCGGCCGCUCCUCAUUUUCUUCCUCACUGCCGUCCAGUACUCCGUUUUCUACUCUUUCAAGGUUCGUUUCAUUUUGACAUAACCAUAUAAUUUUUUCACGGGGUAAUUCUGCAGGUAAGUCAAAACAUGAAGAAAAAAAAAAUUAAUCUGAAAAUUAGGCGAAAUCAGUACGAACAUUUCGAAUUUUUUUAAAAUGUUUUUUUCUCGUUUUCAGGUAGAUUUGGUGUGAUUUCUUUUUCAAAAAAUUUCGUUGAGCUAGAUCUUCUGAACAUUCCAUAGAGUGAAGUUAUGAGGAAAAAUCAUUGAUAAAAAUCUUGUUUAAAAAAAUUUACCAUUGUUUUAAUUUUUCGAGAAAGAAAGUCUUAAAGUUCAAUUCAACCGCCCAAAAAGUUGUCUUUGUGCUCAAAUUAGAUAUGUGUUUUAGUUGAAGCUUCCCUUUUUUUAUUGCUUUGAAUCUCUGUGUCUGACUAUGAGAAAUAUUCCAGAUAGUUUCUAAAAACAAAAUGAUGGGAUCUCCAGAAUUUUUUCUUUCUUUGUCUUCGAUUCUCACAGAGGUCGAAAUAUUGUCGAACUGUUCAUGACACUCUCAGGUGUUGUUCGUGAUCGCGGUGGUGGAGCGAAGGGCGCGACUUCUGCGAGUGCAGCUCUUCUUCCAGUACGCGACGUGCGUCUUCCUCCUGCUCGACGCUUCUUUCGCCUUGGCUUCCGACCUCGGCGGAUACAACGAAGAGGUCUUUUUUUUCUUUAUAUUUAGAUUUUCGAGUCGCUUUUCUUGCAUUUCCUCCCUUAUCCAGCACGAUUACGACUUGCAAUGACUAAUAAACAUAUUUUUCGACCCGAUUUCUCAGCUUCCACCAUUUGAUAGAUUUUUAUUCGUGAUAAGGUUUGAGUCGGUGGAAAAAAAACUUUUAGAUGAGCUUUGAAAGGAAACAAAAAAAGACUUUCUAAAUUCUAUUCUAAAAAAAUUUCUUCAGUGACGUUAAGUUGUGAACAUUCUUCUCAGGCAAUUUUUUAAAAUUUUUUCCCUAUCGCUUUGAAAUCGAAAUUGUCAUUUUUUGUCUUAAGAAGCUUCAUAGAAAACAUACGUUACCUUUGGAAAGAAAAAAAAAAUAGAGUUGAAUAGAAAUUAAUAGACUUCUCCAAGUUUGAAGGGCUAUAUAACGACUCUUGUCUCAGGGGAUCUAUUGCGAAAAGAAUCCUAUGCUGAUUCGGUUCGUCGCCGUCGUUUCGUUGGUCUUCCUCUUCGUGCAGCUGUUUCUGCGCAUCGCCACCGUCCAAGUCUUCAACUUCAUGUGGGACACUCGCAAGUUCCGGUUAGUUUCUUUCCCAAUUACUAUUCCACGCCAAUUUCAGACUUUUUAUCCUCAUGCGAGAUGCCUUUCUUUGAAAAUUCCAGUUCUUUUACUUUUUUUACGGUUCGAAAUGAUUCACCGACAAACGUCUCUUUUCAUGUCGUUUCUUUUUUUCUGGCGUCGUCGCGGUGAUCUUCUUUUUAAUUCGAAUCAACUGUCCAUCGCCGAUUCCACUCUCUCCAUUUCCGCUCAAUCUGUCUUGACCUUUCGUCUUGCUUUUCGUAUUUCUUCCGCUUCUCUCUCUCAGAUUUCAUUUUCGCUGAUAAACUCUUUUCCUACGUUUUUCUAAAACUCGGAUGAACUUGAAUUUAAGGAAGGCGCUCCACAAUUCCAAAUGGCGAUAUCGCAAACGCGUCUACUUCUCCUACUGUUCGAUUAUGCAGGAAGACAUGAAGCGUCUUCAGCUCAAGGUGUUUUCAAAGUUCAAUUUGGUUUUCGAUUGGUAGCGGAUAGUCAGAGUGCCCUUCAAUCACCUGAAACAAAGUUAACCAACUCGAGAUACCUGAAACGUCAAAAUAUUUCGGAACUUUUCAAAAAGCGGUAAAAGUAGCUAACAAAGAACCUGACAAAGGUUAAUCGCGUUUCUGGAACCCGAUACGAUUUUUAGAAAAAAAUUCAAAAAUUUUGAUUCGGAAGUUUUUUCUGAAAUCAAAUGAAAUUGAUUGCAGAACAAAGAAACCAACGUGAUAACGCGCAUCCGCAACGAACAAGAAGAAAUUCUCAAGAAGAUCCAAAUGAAGCAAAACGUAACCAACAUCCUCAUCUCGCCAGAUGAGUCGACGUCGGCCAGUCCGGUCGGAAGUGUGAGUGUGAGUUGGGACAAGUCUGUUGUCACCCUUCGUCGGAACAUUUUCCAGACACUCUCUUCAUCGCGAGAUCCACCUCAGUACUUGGUGGCUCCUCUGGGCAAGCGAAAGCCAGAGAAAAGUCUGCCGCGAAAAGCGAAGAAGAUCCGCGACGAGGAUGGCGCCCCUCGAAUGCCUCCGAAGAGACGUCCGAGGCCGGCUUUGCGUAAAGGUGGCGUCCGAAUCCAGCUAGAGGUAAGGGUUCCGAUAGUUGUCCAUACGAAUCAAAGACCCAUUCUCGUUGUUUUUAAUAGCUAGAAGAAAUCCAGAAAAAAAACAAGAUAUAGUUAAGGCCUUUCACGACUACAAACUUUGACAAAACUUUCAUUUUUCGAAAAAAAUCAACACAUGUUUUCCUUAAGACAUGCAAUAAUUUUUCCGGUAUAGAAUGAUGAGUUUCGUCGUCAUUUAAAUGAUUCCCCUAAAUGUUUUGAUCCACAAACAGAAAUUGGAACAGCCUUUGCGUUUUCUCAAAACCAAAAUAAAAACUCACUUGCCGAUGCGAGUCAAAGUUCGAGACACAUCUAAUUAAAAUUUCAUCUAAUUGAAAUUUCACUCGAAUCAUUUCACCCACGAGGUUGAGCUAUGAGCAACAAGCAAGUCAUUAUUUCAUUUUUCAAAGCUGCGUGAUGAUUGUUGCGAGUCCCGGGCAGUACUGAAUGUAAAGUUUGAAAAUUCAUAAUUUACAACCAAAAGCUUGUGCAAGUAGCGAACUCAAGACCUUUGAAGGGUCUUUCGAAAAUUGUUUAGAAAAAAACAAAACUUUACACUAAAACGAAUCUGAAGAAUUAUUGCCAUUAACACAGUAUAAAUUUGAUUACUGUCAAGUUUUUUUUUCCUGUUCUCAACAAUUUUCUACUGAGGAAAAGGCUGAUUAAUUCGAGAAUGAAUGUUUUCAAGGUGGACCACGAAACGGUCCGUCUGCUGCUGAACAAAAACCGGCAGAACGGGCCUUUGCCUCUCAAAAUCGAGGAGGACAACGAGGCUUCCGACUCGGCUGCCAUCGAAAUCUAA